AAACAGUACCACCUCGAUCUUCUCUUAACUCUCUAAACCAAAUAUUUAUAAUGGCUUCUUCUUCAGUGUUGGGACCUUUUUCAGUUCCCCUGAAACAUCAUAAUCACUGGUCAGGCAGGAUUAAUAAUCCAAGCUGCUGGAUCAGCGCCCCCAUUCGCGGAGAUGCAAGCGCGCCGAUCAAACACAAACAGAGCAUCAGCAGGUCGCGUAAUUUGGCGGCGGCAGCGGCAAUUAACGAGGCAGAUUCGAAGAUUGUUAUUAGGAGGAGGUCAUCAUCGUCGUCGUCAUUAUCCAAAGAAGGGAGAUUUGCGCGCAAGGAAGCGGAGAGGCUGGCUUACCUGGUGGCUGCGCUGCUGUCCAGCGUUGGCGUCACUUUCACGGCCGCCAUGGCUGUUUUCUCCAGAUUCUCUUGGCAGUUGGAGGGUGGGGAGUUUCCGGUGGCGGAGAUGCUUGGGACCUUCGCUUUGUCCAUCGGAGCUGCCGUGGGGAUGGAGUUUUGGGCUCGGUGGGCACACAGAGCAUUGUGGCACGAUUCUUUAUGGGACGUCCACGAGUCGCACCACAGAGCUAGAAGAGAAGGAGCAUUCGAGGCGAAUGACGUGUUUGCAAUAACGAACGCGGUGCCGGCCAUCGGGCUGCUCUCCUACGGUUUCUUCAACAAAGGCCUUCUCCCUGGUCUCUGUUUCGGCGCCGGAUUGGGGAUAACGGUGUUCGGGAUGGCGUACAUGUUCGUGCACGAUGGGCUGACCCAUCGACGCUUCCCAGUUGGGCCCAUAGCCAACGUCCCUUACCUCCGAAGAGUUGCCGCUGCUCACCAGCUUCAUCACGCAGACAAAUUCGACGGCGUUCCUUAUGGGUUGUUCUUGGGGCCUGAGGAACUAGCAGAGGUUGGAGGCACGGAUGAGUUGGAGAAAGAAGUGCAAAGAAGGAUUAAGCGCUCCGUUUGAUAUGUUUCUUCUCAAUCAUUAUCUUUUUCUCUUUUACCCUUAGCUUGUACAGUCAUUCUUUCUUCCACUUCGAAUCAAAACUCUGUUCGAUGUUUAGGCAUGAUGAUUUAUUUGAACUCCAAUCUAGGAGGUAGGUAAUGUACACCUACAAAAGGGAAAGUGCAAAAUGAAGAAGCGUGUUAUGGAUAAGGAAAACAUAUAUAAUUGUAUUACAGAUUCUCUACUUAUAAUACGAUCGAG